GGACCUGGGAGAAGAGGAGGUGCCACCCUGGGCCCUCCUUCUGUAAAAGGAAAAGUCAUUAACCCCUCCUGCCUUGUCAUCUGCCUCCUUCAUAUGUUCAUUCUAAGCAGAAUCAUCCUACCUUUGGGCAGUAAACUUCUGAUCAUUGCCUCUUUGCUUCCCCCAUCUCUCUGCCUACUCUGUUCUCUCCAGCCUAGUUCCAUCCUGAGGCUCCAUCUACCUUCUUUUUUUCUUUUUCCCUCUUGAUGUUUCCUUAUCUGUUCCCCACCUCUUUCCCCAGGGAGCUCACUCAAUCCCCUCAGUCCUGGAAACCAGACUUUAGGGCCAAAGGGCAGCAUGAGGGAGCCUUGAGAAGGGGGAGGCCAUGCCAGCGUAGACUGUAAGAGCAGGAAUUCUCCUAGGACCAUGAUCCUGUCUGUGCGUGUUAGCCAGGCCCUUUCCCUGACUCUCUGCCUCUCCUGGGGCUUUGUCCCACCAAAAAGGGAAAGAGCGCUUAGGGCUGAUUGUGGGGUUUGGGAAAAGGCUAUGUCAUCGCUGGCCCAGUGCCUAUAAUCCAUCCGGCUGCUAGAGAUUCCCCUCCCCUGGGCAAGUCCCACUUUUUUUUUAAAAGGAAAACAAAAACUAGGAUUUUAGGAAGCAAUGAUACACCCAUCUGAGUCCUACCGACAGAGCUCUGGCUGAGUGGCUUAGAGAGCAGCCAAUCGCAGAGGCUCGGGAUGCUUGCUUAAAAGAGCUGGCACUGAGAGAGGCUGGGGAGAACCCACAGGGAGACCCACAGACACAUAGACACAAGAGAGACAGAGGAAGGAAGAGACAGAGACAAAGGCUCAGUGGAAGAAGGCAGAGACAGGACAGGCACAGAAGCAGCCAAGACAGAGUUGUACAGAGGGAGAGGCAGAGAAGCUGCGGAAGAUACAGACAGAGACAAAGAUCCAGGAAAGGAAGGCGCAGGAGGAGAGUUUGGAGAAGCCAGACCCUUGGGCACCUCUCCCAAGGGUUAAGUUUUUUCCAUCUCCUCUGAAGGUCCCCAGCCCCUCUGAAAACUCUGCCUCUGACCUUGGCAGGAGUCCGAGCCCCCAGGCUACAGAGAGGAACUUUCCAAAGCUAGGGUGUGGAGGACUUGGUGCCCCAGAUGGCCUCAGCCCCUUCCAGCUGCAGCACCAGUGCCAUGUCCCGGACAGGCUUGCAUCGCGGGAGGGGCUUGGCGGGGCGCUGGCUGUGGGGAGUCCAACCCCGCCUGCUGCUCCCCACUGUGCCCCUCUCCAGGCUGGUUCAACUGCUCCUGCUGCUGCUGUCCUCCCUCCUGCCCUCAGCCUGGCCAGCCAGCCCCCUCCCCCGGGAGGAGGAGAUCGUGUUUCCAGAGAAGCUUAACAGCAGCGUCCUGCCUGGCUCAGGCACCCCUGCCAGGCUGUUGUACCGCUUGCCGGCCUUUGGGGAGACUCUGUUACUAGAGUUGGAGCAGGACCCCGGCGUGCAGGUGGAGGGGCUGACAGUGCAGUACCUGGGCCAGGCGCCCGAACUGCUGGAUGGGGCAGAGCCGGGCACCUACCUGACCGGCACCAUCAAUGGAGAUCCGGAGUCGGUGGCGUCUCUGCACUGGGACGGGGGAGCCCUGUUAGGGGUGUUGCAGUAUCGAGGGGCCGAACUCCACCUCCAGCCCCUGGAGGGGGGCACCCCUAACUCUGCUGGGGGACCUGGGGCUCACAUCCUACGCCGGAAGAGUCCUGCCAGCGGCCAGGGUCCCAUGUGCAACGUCAAGGCUCCUCCUGGGAGCCCCAGCCCCAGUCCCCGAAGAGCCAAGCGCUUUGCUUCACUGAGCAGAUUUGUGGAGACCCUGGUGGUGGCAGAUGACAAGAUGGCAGCAUUUCAUGGAGCAGGGCUAAAGCGCUACCUGCUGACAGUUAUGGCGGCAGCAGCCAAGGCCUUCAAGCACCCAAGCAUCCGCAACCCUGUCAGCUUGGUGGUGACUCGGCUAGUGAUCCUGGGGUCAGGCGAGGAGGGGCCCCAAGUGGGGCCCAGUGCUGCCCAGACUCUGCGCAGCUUCUGUGCCUGGCAGCGGGGCCUGAACACCCCUGAGGACUCGGACCCUGACCACUUUGACACAGCUAUUCUGUUUACCCGUCAGGACCUGUGUGGGGUCUCCACCUGUGACACUCUGGGUAUGGCUGAUGUGGGCACCGUGUGUGACCCGGCCCGAAGCUGUGCCGUUGUGGAGGAUGAUGGGCUCCAGUCGGCCUUCACUGCUGCUCAUGAACUGGGCCAUGUCUUCAACAUGCUCCAUGACAACUCCAAGCCAUGUGUCAGUUUGAAUGGGCCCGGGAGCACCUCCCGCCACGUCAUGGCCCCUGUAAUGGCUCACGUGGAUCCUGAGGAGCCCUGGUCCCCCUGCAGUGCCCGCUUCAUCACUGACUUCCUGGACAAUGGCUAUGGGCACUGUCUCUUAGACAAGCCAGAGGCUCCCCUGCAUCUGCCUGCGACUUUCCCUGGCAAGGACUAUGAUGCUGACCGCCAGUGCCAGCUGACCUUUGGGCCCGACUCACACCAUUGUCCGCAGCUGCCGCCGCCCUGUGCUGCCCUCUGGUGCUCUGGCCACCUCAAUGGCCAUGCCAUGUGCCAGACCAAGCACUCACCCUGGGCCGAUGGCACCCCCUGUGGGCCCACACAGGCCUGCAUGGGUGGCCGCUGCCUCCACGUGGACCAGCUCCAAGACUUCAAUAUUCCACAGGCUGGUGGCUGGGGUCCCUGGGGACCAUGGGGCGACUGCUCUCGGACCUGUGGGGGUGGUGUCCAAUUCUCCUCCCGGGACUGUACGAGGCCCGUCCCCCGAAAUGGUGGCAAGUACUGUGAGGGCCGCCGCACCCGCUUCCGCUCCUGCAACACUGAGGGCUGCCCAACUGGCUCAGCACUGACCUUCCGUGAGGAGCAGUGUGCUGCCUACAACCACCGCACUGACCUCUUCAAGAGCUUCCCAGGGCCCAUGGACUGGGUCCCUCGCUACACAGGUGUGGCCCCCCGGGACCAGUGCAAACUCACCUGCCAAGCCCGGGCACUGGGCUACUACUACGUGCUGGAGCCACGGGUGGUGGAUGGGACCCCCUGUUCCCCAGACAGCUCCUCAGUCUGUGUCCAGGGCCGCUGCAUCCAUGCUGGCUGUGACCGCGUCAUUGGCUCCAAAAAGAAGUUUGACAAGUGCAUGGUGUGUGGUGGGGAUGGCUCUAGCUGCAGCAAGCAGUCAGGCACCUUCAAAAAAUUCAGGUAUGGAUACAACAAUGUGGUCACUAUCCCUGCGGGGGCCACCCACAUUCUUAUCCGGCAGCAGGGGCCCCCUGGCCCCCGGAGCAUCUACCUGGCCCUGAAGCUUCCAGAUGAUUCCUAUGCCCUCAAUGGUGAAUACACGCUGAUGCCCUCCGCCACAGACGUGGUCCUGCCUGGGGCAGUCAGCUUGCGCUACAGUGGGGCCACUGCAGCCUCCGAGACACUAUCAGGCCAUGGGCCGCUAGCCCAGCCUUUGACGCUUCAAGUCCUGGUGGCCGGCAACCCCCAGAAUGCACGGCUACGGUACAGCUUCUUCGUGCCCCGGCCAGCCCCUUCAACACCGCGCUCCACUCCCCAGGACUGGCUGCACCGAAGGGCACAGAUUCUGGAGAUCCUCCGGCGGCGCCCCUGGGCAGGCAGGAAAUAACCUCACCAUCCCGGCUGCCCUGUCUGGGCACCGGGGCCUUGGACUUAGCUGGGAGAAAGAGGGAGCUUCUGCAGCUGCCUCGUGCUAAGACACAGUGGGGAGGGGUUGUGGGCAUGAUGCCUGUCCCUCCUCUCUGCCCAAAUGCGCAGGCUGGCCCUGCCCCGGCUUUCUGCCCUGGGAGGCAGUGAUGGGUCGGUGGAUGGAAGGGCUGAGAGACAGUGUCCUAUCUAAACUGCCCCCUCUGCCCUGCAGGUCACAGGUGGGAGGGGGAAAGCAGCGUGGGCCCAGGCCCCAGUUGUAUUUAUUUAGUAUUUAUUCACUUUUAUUUAGCACCAGGGAAGGGGACAAGGACUAAAGUCCUGGGAAACAUGACCCCCCACCCCUCAUAGCCCUCACCCUGGCUAGGAAAUCCAGGGUGGUGGUGUCAGGCAUAAGUGAUCUGUGUGCGUUUGUGUGUGAGAAAAUGUGUGUGUGCUUAUGUAUGAGGUACAACCUGCCCUGGAUUUCCUCUUCCUGAAUUUCAUUUUCUAGGAAAAGAAAAGUCAAGGGUAGGAUGGACCUUCAGGGAGUGAGGAAUUAUCAUAUUUUUAAAAUAUAAAUUGAAUUCUGCUAUUUAUGUGCUCCUUUUGGAGUCAGACAGAUGUGGGUUGCAUCCUGCCUCCAUAUCUCUGAGCAUUGGUUUUCUCAUUUGCCAAUAAUAAUACCUCCCUUUGAAGUUUGUUGUGAGGAUUAAAUAAUGUAAAUAAAGAACUAGCAUAA